AUGUUGCGCAUUCUACGAAGCCCCAACCCAUUCAUGAACGGACACGCGAUCAGCCGCCCUCUGAGCCCCCCUUCGAGCCCUCGACAAUGGCUCCGUCUCCUCCUGGUGAUUGCCGUCAUAGGUGUCGGCGUCAAUCUCCUGUUCUUUCUCGACUCCGCCUUUGUUGAGAAGCUCCCGGGUCAGAUCUUGGGUAACCAAGCUUUCCAUCCCAAGCCUUUCGAGCCCGCACCGCAUAGUGUCGAAUCGCAGAAGGAAGAUAACGGGCAAGAUUAUUGGCUAUGGGAGACCAAAUCGCAGUUCUACAAGAAGGAGAACAUCGACUGGAACGUCGGGAUUAUGGACGAGUGCUUCCUGUUCCCCAAGCACCUGACAAAGAAGAAGGUGCAGGUUGUAAUCAAGACUGGUAUAGCGGAUCAUCCAGCACGGACGGACGCAAUGGUGAACACGAUCAUCAAGUGUAUACGAAAUGUGUUGGUCGUCUCGGACGAUGACCACAGGUACGGCCCAUUCCAGGCUCACAACGUGCUGGCCAAUCUUCCAGCAGAGACAUACAUGAAAGAAGAAGAUUACGCCAUAUACGAGGCGCAGCAAAGUGCUACGCGCAACGGCAAAGAGCUGCACCAAGGCCAUGAAGGGUGGCAAAUCGACAAGUACAAGUUUUUGCCAGCUGUGGAAAGGGCGAUGGAUCACAAUAGUCAGGCAGAGUGGUACGUCUUCCUGGAAUCCGACACUUAUUUGUUCUGGGACAACAUCUUCCGCCUUCUUGACAAUUACGAUCCUUCAUUACCGUACUUCUUCGGCUCGCCUGCGCCCGGGCGGAAAUACCGCCCCAACCCGAAAGCUGAAGAAGAAAAAGAGACCUGGUUUGCAUAUGGUGGCUGCGGUUUCAUACUCUCAAAGGCUGCUGUGCACAGACUGGUCGAUCGCCCGCGCAACGCUCUCGCCGUGAUGGGUCCCCGGCUUACGACCGAGUACAAAGAGGACAUCAGGAACGAUUGCUGUGGCGACAGCAUACUGGGAUGGGCACUUCAUGACAAGGCUUCCGUGGACAUCAGUGGCCUUUGGCCCAUGUUCAACCCGCACAGCCUUGAGGAUGUGCCGCUCGGCAAAGACUAUUGGUGUCAACCUGUCAUCAGCCUACACAAGACAGGUCCUUCGCCUAUGAAAGACCUUUGGAGCUGGGAUAACGAACAACACCAGCAGCACGAACGGCCCUUGUUAUACAAAGACUUGUUAUUCUCUUUUCACGCCAACUUCUCACAGCGCCAGGAUUGGGACGCAGCGUUCGAUGCAGGCUUCCAACUGCACGACAAUCACACAGUACACUCAAGCCUCGAGGCCUGCGAAGCCGGCUGUUUUGCACACGACGAGUGUUGGCAAUAUACCUGGCACGGGGACCACUGCUACUAUUCGAAAGCACUAUACAUUGGGCGCGCGAAGGAAGCGGACGGCUAUCACGAGGCAGAGAGCCGCAAGUACAUCAGUGGCUGGGACAUCAACAAGAUACAAACUCUGAGUUUGCAGAAUAGGUGUGAGGAUGGCGGACACUGGGUAAAACCUAGUAUCAAGAGGAAGUACUGA